AUGGUCUCGUCAGAAGAUGAUCAGGAGAAGGCCGUUCCCCGGUGGUUGAGGCCGAUUGCGGGUGCCAAGUUCUACUGCUCGUGCGAGACUCAUCGCUCCAAAGAACGCAAUUACUACUGUAGAGUUUGCAUGGUCUCUUUCUGCAAAGAUUGCAAGGAGCAACACGAUCGCUCCAAGCACGAGAUCCUCAAGGUAUAUAAAACUUCCCAUGCGGCAUCCUUCAGGGUAGAAGACUUGAAGCCGUUGUGGGAUAUUUCCGGUAUCUGCAUGUACACUUCCAACGGGUGGCUGGUCGCCCUCAUAUACAAAAGGGGAAUUGGGAUCUCUGGCUCCCGCGGUAAGAAGGGCAUCGCAGAGUGCGAAUCUUGCUUGUAUGGGCUCAAGUCGCCGAGUGCCAAGUACUGCUCCGUGGAAUGCAAGGUUGAAGCUGCGUUGAAGAUGAAUGGAAGUGGAAGUAUUACCGAGAAAGCAAAGAGGAAGCUAGAAACAAUGUUAGAGGAGAUUGCUCAUGAUGUUCACUCAUUCAGAAAACGAGCAAGAAAGCAAAAAAAACCGCAGAGAGCUUUGUCUCAUUAA